CUUCCCUAUAGUCACUGCUUCUGCAUCAGAUACUUUCAGCUGCAACUCCCUACAGGGUGGGGCACCCAUCUCAGGCAGAAGGUUUUGGUACCCUCCACUGACCCUACACCCAGGGCUGCUACUGCCGCUUGUGGCUUCAGGAUGAAAGGUGAGACCCCGGUGAACAGCACUAUGAGUAUUGGGCAAGCACGCAAGAUGGUGGAACAGCUUAAGAUUGAAGCCAGCUUGUGUCGGAUAAAGGUGUCCAAGGCAGCAGCAGACCUGAUGACUUACUGUGAUGCCCACGCCUGUGAGGAUCCCCUCAUCACCCCUGUGCCCACUUCGGAGAACCCCUUCCGGGAGAAGAAGUUCUUCUGUGCUCUCCUCUGAGCUCCCCUGUCCCUUCUCCCAACUCCUCCCUUUUCCCUCUCCUGGGCCCUUCCUUAGGUCAGUAAUUGUCGUUAGCCCCUGAGGCUCCUUGCAUCCCAUCCCUAACCCUUGCCUGACCAUGUGAGGUUAUCUGAAGCACAAGGCUCACCCUCACCUAUCUGUCGACCCCAUUUCCUACCACCUUUGUGGCCGACCCCAAGCACCCCAGAGAUAUGAGGCACCCUUUGCUCCACCCACAGCAGGGCCCCGUCAGACUCUGCCAGCGUCCUGCCCGCUUCCCUCGGUGACCUGCUCAGACAAUGGAGAGAGGGAUGGGCCAGGUUCUUGCUCUCAGUCUCACCUGGAGCUACUGGGAGGGUAAAGCCAUUUGAAGAAUAAAGUCAUCCAGAGCCUCA